AUUUUCGUGGCUUCAUAUCAGUGAAGUCACUCCAUCAAAUUUCAGCCACUCGACACUUUUUAUAUAUAUAAACUAGGGGGCGAGGGGACAAAGAAGAAGAAGAAAUUCUUUUUACAAAGAAGGUAAUUUCCAUGGCGUCAAGGUUUCAACAGUUUCAAACAAAGACUAUUCAAGUGUCACGGUUGGUGACCAAGAAUGGAGGUCCUUAUUACAAGGAGAUGAAGGAACGGGCUAUUCAAGUUUCACAGUUGGUGACCAAGAAUGGAGGUCCUUAUUGCAGGGAGAUGAUGGAACGGGCUAUUCAAGUUUCACAGUUGGUGACCAAGAAUGGAGGUUCUUAUUACAGGGAGCUGAUGGAACGGAACAAAACAUACAUCAAGGAACCAUCCAGCGUAGAAACAUGCCAAUUGUUGGCAAAACAAUUAUUUUAUACUCGACUUGCCAGUAUUCCAAGAAGAUACGAGGCGUUCUGGAAAGAGCUUGAUUCCCUUAAAGAGCUUCUGAAAACAAAGGAAGCUUGGAACAUUGAAAAUGCAAGCAUGGCUGCUCUGAUUGGAGUUGAGUGCUAUGCCUGGUUCUUUGGUGGAGAGAUCAUUGGAAGAGGCUUCACAAUUACAGGUUACCAUGUUUAA